AUGGAUUCGGUGGGAUGCUGGCCAAGCCAGUCAAACGGCGAGAUGCUGCUCUUGCUGCGGCCAGCCGACGCGGCGAUGUCUAGCGGUCAGAAGUAUGGUGUUUGCCCAUGGAGCAUGGAUGGCGAUGGCGAUGGCGAUGGCGACGGCGAUGGCGCUGGCGAUAUUGUGUGGAGGGAUUUCGGUGUUCGGUGCUUCGUGCGGCGGGCAGGCUGGUCUGAGAGCAAGUACGUUCGUGCCUCGUUCCCCAGAUGUUUCGCGUGUCUUCUCGUGCUGGUUCUAGGGUGGAGGAGUGGUAUUGGUAUUUCGGUAUUUCGCGCGGCGCAGUGGUGGUGGCAGCAUGCGGUCGCGGUCGCGGUCGCGGUCGUGACUACUGCCAAGCGCGCAUUCCAUCGCACGACGAGGAGGUGUCGUCAAUCACUCCCACGCUAUGCGCGAGACUACCGCAUGUGGGAAUACAGUAUGAACAUGGUCCUGUCACUCACUCACAACGCGCCCAAUCCCACGCACACGCACACGCACACGCACACGCACACACACACACCACCGUCGCCCACGCCGGCUAUUCUAUCGCCCCACGAACAGUCGCCUUCUACAGUCCUUCUAGCGCCGGGAAAUGCUUCUCCCCACGCGCUAGGACUGCCGCAAAUUCCACCUGCAUUUCGACGCACUUUUCCCUUCUUCCUUCAGCAUGUGAAGACAAUAUUCAACGUCAGCCUGAGUCUUCAUUCACAACACCAUGCUCAUUUGUGGGAAUUGCCGGAGUAUGCCCACUUGCAGCCACCUGCCACUCCUGAAUCUGAUAGGAACACCUUCUGA